UCUACUAUCUGUCUGUUACGACUUAUCGUUGUGAGUGUCAAACAGCUGCGCUGCUCAGUGAAUGUCGGAAUCGGGUCAAGUGUACGUGGAUUUUAGACAGACUUUCACGGCACAGCGACACGACAAACAAAUUACAAAAUAACCAAUAUAAAUAGUGUAAAUAGUAAACAAUAUACCAUAGCAAUUUAGGAUAUGAAAGCAAACGUUUGAAACCAACAAAAUUAAAAUAAACAUAUACAAAUACAUAUACUCUACAAUACAAUAAAUGCGCCUGACUCAGAGCUACUGAUAAAAAAAAACGAAAAAGCAAAGGCAAAGGCAAAAGAAAAAGCAAGCAUAAUUAAUUAUUAAUUAUUGAUAAUGGCACCAACACGCAGGCCCAGCGAUGGGUUAUUGGCGCGAGUCAAUUUUCCACUCUACGCUGUCGAUAUGCUGACCAGCCGUCACAUUCUGGUUGCCGGUGGAGGCGGCUCAAGUAAAACAGGCGUCGCGAAUGGCUUUGAAAUCUAUGAGCUGUAUCACAAUGGCAGCCAUUUUUGUGCGGAGGAAGUGCUCCGCCAUGAGACGGGCGCCAAUGUGGUAAUGAAUUUUGCUGUACGCAAUAGCGGACGACGUGCUUAUCUCUGUGCCGGCCAGGAAGCGCAUUGUCAAAUGUAUUAUGUGCAGCCGCGCAUUGAAUCAGAGGAUGAUGCGGACCGGGAUAGGAAGCCAGCGCCGGUGGAACGUCCGCACGAGAAUGGUGUACGUCAGCGUGGCGCUGCACAUUCUGGCGUCGAGGCGCUGCCCAAUGGCCAUAAUAACAGACAACCACCAAGCAACAAUAGCAAUCAGGAUAUACUUAGCAAGCUCCACCGUCUGCGUUUCGAUAUUCAGGCAGCUGACGUGGUGCAAACGGAUUUCCUCAGAAGCGCCGAGCCAUUGCAGCGCGUUGUGCGCAUCAGUGGCAAUGGGCAGCUGAUGGCAACCGGUGGCACCGAUGGCCAACUGCGGAUCUGGACCUUUCCACAGAUACAGCUAAUCACGGAACUGGCGGCUCAUACCAAGGAAAUCGACGAUUUAGACUUCAGCCCCGAUUCCAAAUACAUUGUGAGCAUUUCAAAGGAUGCCCAGGGUAUUGUGUGGGAUCUGAGCACAGGCAAGCAACAGUAUAAGCUGCAAUGGCAAACACCAGAAGGUGCCAAAUACUUAUUCAAGCGCUGUCGCUAUGGCACUGUAGAGGCACACAAGGAUAACUACAGGCUCUACACCAUAGCCAAUCCGCUGGGCAAGGUGGGUAAACAGCGCGGCUAUCUACAGCAAUGGGAUUGCACGAGUGGGCAAUUGCGUGCAGCAGUGCCCAUCGAUGAGAGUUUGUCCUCGCUCGCUGUACGAGACGAUGGACGAUUCGUGGCCGUUGGCACCAUGUUCUCUGGCAGCGUAUCCAUGUACAUAGCCUUUAGUCUGCAGCGCGUGCUGCACAUUCCUCAUGCUCACUCGAUGUUUGUGACCGGACUGCAAUUUCUACCCAUUACCAACGAGGAGGGUCCGCCCAUAUCGAGCGAUACGGAAGCAGCAGUGCUAUCCAUAUCCGUCGACAAUAAAGUGUGCAUACACAGUCUGCCGCAGCGGCGCACGAUUCCCGCCUGGCUUGCCAUUGUCUUUAUGAUUGUGAUGAUAUUUGCGGUGUUUGUGUUCUGCUCGUACAUUGGCAUUUGAAGACUGUCUGACUGCCUGCCUGACUGGUGGUCGACCAGUUAAAUCAAUUUGCAUUAUUAGUUCAUAAACAAUGUUUAGUUUUGUAAUAGACCCCAUGCCCCCAUUCCCAUCCCCAUCUCCUCCCCCUCAACACCUCACUGAAUAUUAUUUUAAGUGUAUAGUUGUUUUUUGUGCCGGCUGCCUUAUCUCUUGUACACUCCUCUCAAAGUAAUUUUCGUUAUUGUAUCAUAAUUUUGCUUCAACUAUCUCAAAUUUGCCGUUGUAGUUAAUAUGUAUAUACAUAUAUAUGUAUAUGGCAGUAACGUGUUUAC